GUCGAUUUCACUACCCGUGCUUUACUUUAUUAAUUCUACUAUAUGAAGCGCGUAGAGCUUACAUUUAAAAUGAAGUUGAAUAUUAUUAUCAGCACCUUCCUACGUUCAUCUUCCAUUCUAGCACAAAGCCUGCCGGGCCUACCCACCUGCGCUCAAACGUGCGCUCUUGAUGCAAUGGCAGCGACAGGGUGCGCUGUAACUGAUGCUAAGUGUAUUUGUGCAGACACUAGCUUUAUCACUGCCAUUACUCCCUGUAUAUUAGCUACUUGUAAUGCAAGUGAUCAGGAAGCUACUUUUUCAUUUGCCCAGCAAAUACUUUUCCGGCUGCUCCCUUACCAGUAUAGACUUUAAGCAUAAACUUGGUGCUUCAAGCAACCCCCCAGCAGUCAGCGACAGAAACCCCAGCGGCCAUCCCUACUACGCUGGCUAUAACUACAGACUCGACUGGAAAUGUCUUUACCGUCACCGGCGUAGUCCUUAUAUAUGGAAAUAUCACUGCUACUGUCCCAUACUGUAGAAACU